AUGGCAACAGAAAGGACGAAUCAAGAAACUCGCUCAACCGCCGGUGAUCAGAGCGACUAUUCUAGCGAGAAUGAAUCAAAACAAAUGACCCAAGGUUCACAGAACAACCAAGUCGAUAGAUCCAAGACUGGGUCACAAGGAGCAAUCAAUCAGCCUCAAGAUCAGCAGCCUGUUCAAGCAGCGAGUCAAGAGACGGAAAAGAAAAGCAGCGCACCGCGCGUGAGAUUGGAUAUGGAUCUCGAUGUUGAGUUACAACUGAAAGCGAAGAUCCAAGGUGAUCUUGAAUUGGCCAUAUUAGAGAACUAA